CCAAAGCAUUGGUAUCAUGCGCAUCCAAAGCGGAGAUACUGCAUAAAGCGACUCGUUUUCGCAGGUCUUUCGUUCAGAUUGUUCGGAAAGUGUCAGUGAAUAUUUUACUCUGUGACCGCUGAUUGAUUUAUCCGCAGGAACUGAAGAUUUUGAAGAAUCAUUGUGAGCACAACGUACAGAAAUAAUAAUCUGCAGCUUCUUCACAAUUGGAAGAAUCAAUGGCUACCGCAGUGGAAAUGAUCGCCAAGGAUGAGGCGGGGCAAAGGAGAGGUUCAACACCGAUGAAGAAGACAAGCGGCAAGGGGAAGCCCCGAACUAAACAACCUAAGAAAGUAAAAUUUAUCACAACUGAAAUUCGAUGCCAAGAGAAGUCGAAAGGUGGAUUGCGUUACGAAGUGAUCCUGGCAGAGCCAACGGUGAAGAGAGCACCUUCUCCACCCCAAACAACUCCUACUCAGCAGACCAAUAUUGAGGAUAAACUGAAGGCUGCUGAAGAGAGAAGGUUGUCUUUAGAGGCUAAUAAACUCGCGAUUUUGGCUUCUCGUCUCAGCAAAAUCGAAGAAGCGGCUCGCAAGAAGGACGAAUUGAGUGCCGCUUUCAUAACCGCCACCCGCGAUUCCUUGGAUGCUAAGAUGAAUCACACCGUUGAAAAUCGGGAAACUCACAUUACCGAGCUUAAGAGCAAAUUGAAGGAGCACUUGGAGAGUGUUGAGAAAACUCGCUUGUCUUUGGACCAACAAACAGAGGAGGUUCGAUGUGCAAUUGAAGAGAAGUUGAAGACUGCUACCGCACAGAGAGAUGAAAAUAUGAAGAAGAUGGUAGAUCGUCUAAAAGAUCACGAAGAUCAAGUGGCUCGCGUGCGCAAAGGUAUGAACGAAAGAGUUCAACAGCUGGAUUCCCAAAUUCAGGGGAAACUGGACCAAGCUCGCGAACGACGCGAGAACCUUGAACGAGAAACCAAGGAGAGACUCCGCAAUCAUGAGAGACGUGCUGAGUUAGUAAGGCAAAAUAAAGCAGCUUUGGAGGUAAAUAAAAAAGCGGAGAUGCUGGCAGAGGAAAAGAAAGUUGCCAGCUCAGGCUAAAUUCGCUUUUAGUUUGGUAAAUAAUUUUAAAUUAUCAUUUUCAGUAUAUUGCAGAUAAAGACACUGCCUUAUUAUGUUAUAAUCACGGCCUUAGCGUUUUUAAAAACUAAUUUAGUCAGACCUUUUAAACUCGAAAUUAAAAAAAAAAAAAAAAACAAGUAAAUUAAUUUUAAAAUUACACGAAAAGAUGUUGAGCAUUAUAGAAAGAUCCGAGAAUCAAGCAGAUGCACUUUUCGAAAAAGUUGCCUUAAACUUACUUUAUAGUAUGACACGAAUAGCUGAAGAGUUUCAAGUUCUAUUUUUACAAUUACUAUCAUAAUCUGCUAAGUUUUUUAAAGUUUUUUCCAAGUAAAGAAGAUAGCAGCACAAAUGUUAAUAAAACUGGCUUUAGUAGCAGAGGUUUUUAGUUAUUGGGUAUUCAGGAGGAUUGAACCAUAAAGGAAAGAAAUCGGAUGAAUUCUCUUUGCUCCAAAUAAAAAGUCCUGCACAGUUUAGUUUAAAAAUGUGAAGUAAUAGAUUAUUAUCGCUACGAUUUAAUAUAGGAGUAAAUAAUACAGUUAUGUAUAUUCCAUCAAUUUGCACGCGAAGUAUGUGCAACCAUAUGUGCAUUCGCCGUAUAUAUUAUACGUGAUAGUGCUUCGUACUAGGCUUUCAAACUAUUUUGUACUUGAUCAUUGUAAUGUUACUGCGCUAAUAAAACCGAAACAUCGUCUAAUAUUUAGUCUAACCUCACUAAUAUUACGACGCUUCUGUGAUGACUUUCAUAUUUGUCAAAUUGUCUAAUAUCAGAGUGGAUUAAUUUCAAUUCGAAAAAUAUCGUGGCUAGAAUUUUUAUGAAGUUUUUUUUUAUAGACCAAUACAUUUUGCUCUCAAAUUCUUAUCACGAUACUGUCGUUUGCAAGUUAUAUGAGGAUAUAUCGCAACGUAAGAAAAAUAUAUAUACCUCCGUUUUAAAUAUUUACAAAACUAUAUAACAAUGCCUGCGAGAAAUUCUCCACACGAGUGCUAAAUGCUAAUGCAAAAAUGAAGUGAACAUUUGACAUUCGAGAUAGUAAAGAUUUGAUUUAUUAGAAACUAUUGCACGUCAGUAUUUCUGUACUGAUGUCAGAUUUUAAGAGAUAAUCAUCUAUGUCCUAUAAUUUGUAUUCUCUGUCGAAUUUUUACAUUCUUUCGAGCCAUGAUUGUAUUCUUUAGUUUAAAACAUUGUCAUGCAUAUACGAAUGUCUGCAGUGAUUGUGUAAGUAUGGUUAAACAUUGUUCGUAUCAUUAACGGUGGGCUUCAGCAUUGUAUUGAAUGGAAAAGCAAGUGAAUUUAUAUGAGAUGUUUUAAGCGAGAGAGCAUAAAAAGCAAUAAUAAACACACGUUCAUAAAAAA